AUGAAGAGAAACGCAGAUCCAGUUUUUCGCGGUCAUCCCAAAACACAAGAAGAAAAAUGGCAUGAAAUGUUUCUAAGCCAAACGAAGAGUUUCGACCAAAAUCCUUCUCUUAUUAAAUUGAUACAUAAUAUAACUUUAACGUAUUUAAAUGAAUGUACGCCUGUCAUUCUUUAUGACGAUCAAAUCAAAUCACGCGAAGGGUAUCUGUUCCAAGAUCUGUUCAAGACUUUUCCAGUAACGUUUGUUCAUGGGUAUAUAGGAGAAAAAGACAUUUUAAAAGAACCAAGGCUAUUACAACCCAAAUAUAAUUGCUUUCAUUUCAUUGUCUUUUUAAGUGAUGUCAAAAGCAGUGCCAAAGUUUUGGGUAAACAAUCAAAAAGUAAAGUUAUUGUGGUCGCGAGAUCAUCCCAAUGGGCAGUACAGGAAUUUUUAUCGGGACCUUUGUCUAGAUUCUUUGUCAAUUUAGUAGUGAUUGGACAAAGUUUUAAAGAAGAAGACAGUUCGGUAGUUUAUACUGAUUACCUAAAGAAAAAUGCAAUUGAAGAAAAAGGUCUUACGUUAGAAGAUACACAAGGAAUGUUCUUGCUACUUGGCGCAGGAUUUUUGAUAGCGGGGACUGCCCUUCUGUCCGAGUGGAUGGGAGGUUUCUCAAAGAAAUGCCGUAUGAUAGGUAGAAAGAUGAGAUCAAGCAAGAUUUCUCACGAAAAUUUAAUUGAUUCACCAAAAAAAUCAAUGCCUGAAAUAAAUAAGACAUCGCAGAGUAGAUUGCGUUUUAAGUCAAGAUCAACAACUAUAAGUAACGAUUCUGAUGACACUCUUGAAGGUGAAAUUAUAAACGUAACACAUGAAAGUAUCACCGUGCAUAAUGAUUUUAAUGAAAAUGAUUGGGAUUCAAGACGAUCAAAUUCUGUGGAUUUAGAUAGAGAGGUCGAAGUGAUUUUUAAAAAAGAAACUCAGGGAAGAAGGACUUCUUUAGAGGAAGAAGUAUCUGAUUCAGUUGAUAAAAGAACACAUACUGCGUCUAAAGAUGCUUUCGGAGAACAUGUUCAUACAAAU